AUGGAUCCUAGCCAGUCGGAAGAUUCAGGAGGUGAGCAAGUGUUCAAGGUAGGUCCACUCCUCCGCGAACAGGACCGGUUUCUUCCCAUUGCCAACAUUACGAAAAUCAUGAAGCAAUCCAUACCGUCGAAUGGUAAAAUUGCCAAAGAAGCACGAGAAUGCAUCCAGGAGUGUGUUUCCGAGUUUAUAUCGUUCAUCACGUCCGAGGCAAGCGAUCGAUGUCACAUGGAGAAGAGGAAGACGAUCAACGGGGAGGACAUCUUAUGUGCCAUGUAUGCGCUUGGUUUCGAUGACUACAUUGAGCCGCUAAAGCUUUACCUGAGCAAGUAUAAGGAUAACAUGCUGACCGAACGCAUUACGGAUCCGUCCUACGAUCCAUCACAAAUGGGAGAAUCGAGUCAACAAGCAUCCGAAUCUUUAACGGCUCAAGUACUUCCGACCGUCAUCGACAAUACGGAGAUCAUUUAUCAGACUGAGGGUAACACACUUUACUUCAAGAACGAACCGUACGAGCAGAUGUGA